AUGGCGUUGCAGAGGCUGACUUCCGGCGACUACAUGGCGGUGGACAACGCCAACCACUUCCUAAUUUCCCCAAAUGGAACCUUCUCUUCUGGGUUUUAUCGCGUCGGCAACAACUCCUAUUGUUACUCAAUAUGGUUCACUAAUAGCUUCAAUAAAACACUUGUAUGGAUGGCUAACAGAGACAAACCGGUGAACGGAGAGCAAUCUCGAUUAACCCUCAACGCCGAUUCCAAUUUGGUUUUGACCGACGCCGACGGCACUGUCGUUUGGUCCACCGACACAGUCUCCGACGGCGAAAUCGAACUCCGAUUACUCGAAACAGGAAAUCUCGUAGUGAUGAACCAAUCCCAAAAUUUCAUUUGGCAAAGCUUUGAUUUCCCUACUGAUACUCUGCUUCCAGGGCAACGAUUUCUCAAAUCAUCAACUUUGAUAUCAAUGAGAACCCAAGGAACAUAUCUAUCAGGCUUUCAUUACUUCAAAUUCAACGACGAUAAUGUGUUGAAUCUCAUUUAUAAUGGCCCUUCCCUCUCUAGUGUCUAUUGGCCUUACACAAUGGUUCUUGUCUUCGAAAAUGGCCGAACUCCUUACAAUAGCUCAAGAAUUGCAAUUCUAGACGAAAUGGGUGGGUUUCAAUCGAGUGAUAGAUUCAAAUUUAACGCUACGGAUUAUGGGUUUGGUCCAAAAAGGAGAUUAACGAUGGAUUAUGAUGGGAUUUUGAGAUUGUAUAGCCUGGAUGAAGCCACUGGAGCUUGGAAGAUCACAUGGGUUCCUGAUGGGCGUGUUGAUGCUUGUAUGGUUCAUGGGUUGUGUGGAGAUUAUGGCAUUUGUGAAUACAAUCCAUUUCCAUCUUGUUCUUGUCCCCCUGGUUUUUACAGAGCCGAUUCAUCAGAUUGGACUAAAGGGUGUAAGCCAUUAAUGAAUUUGACGUGUGAGUCAAUGUCCAAGGAAGUGGAUUUCAUUCAAUUUCCUAACACGGAUUACUUCGGCUAUGAUUGGAGUUACGCGCAGCACGUUUCCAUUGAAGUGUGUAAGGAUAUUUGCCUUAGUAGCUGCGAGUGCUCUGGAUUUGGCUAUGCACUUGAUGGCUCGGGGCAGUGUUAUCCCAAAAGUGCUCUUCGAAAUGGGUAUCGAAAGCCGGAUCUUGCGGUUACGAUGUUCAUGAAGGUGCCGGAGGCUAUGGUGAGAUCGACAGUGGAGGCAUAUUCUAAUGAAUUGAAUUGCUCGAUGGAAACAGAGCUUGUUAUGAACACUCACAUGGAAGGGGGGAAAGGUAGUAAAUUUGAAUACAUGGGGCUGUUGAUCGGUGUGGUGGUGGCUAUUGGGGUGAGUGAGGUUGUGUUUGUCGGGUUUGGUUGGUGGUUCAUUUUUCGUAAGAGGGUUCGUGAAGAAUUGGUUAAUAUGGGUUAUGUUGUCUUAGCUAUGGGGUUUAAAAGAUUUUCAUACGAUGAAUUGAAGAGAGCUACCAAAAAUUUCAAGCAAGAGAUAGGUAAAGGUGGGUUUGGGACUGUUUACAAGGGCGAAUUGGACGAUGGAAGGAUCGUGGGGGUGAAGAGAUUAGAAGGCGUUUUACAAGGAGAUGCAGAGUUCUGGGCAGAGGUGAGCAUCAUCGGAAAGAUAAACCACAAGAACUUAGUGAAAUUAUGGGGUUUUUGCGCUGAAAAACACCACAAGAUGUUAGUUUAUGAGUAUGUAAAAAAUGGGUCAUUGGACAAACACUUAUUCUCAUCUUCUUCGUUAAAUUUGGAUCAAAGAUAUGAAAUCGCCGUUGGAACAGCAAAGGGUUUAUCGUAUUUACACGAAGAAUGUCUUGAAUGGAUUCUUCAUUGCGAUAUCAAGCCACAGAAUAUACUUCUUGACGAGGACUUGGAGGCCAAGGUUGCGGAUUUUGGAAUGUCGAAGCUUUUUCGAGAGAUUAAUGAAAGUGGGUUCUCAAAGGUGCGUGGGACGCGAGGCUAUUUGGCUCCCGAGUGGAUGAUGAACCUUAAGAUUGAUGCGAAGGCGGAUGUUUAUAGCUAUGGCGUCGUUCUUUUAGAGCUUCUUACCGGGAAGAAUGCUUCUAGUUUUCGAUCGUCGACCACCUGCGACGAUGGCGGAUGCGUGGAUUUAGUGAAGUGGAUAAUGAAGAACGUUGAGGAUGGUGAGGUUGGUAAGGUGGUGGAUCCGAGAUUGAAUGUGGAGGAGGAUCAAAUGAAGAAGAUGAAGGUGUUGCUCAAAGUGGGUCUUCAAUGUGUUCGUGAAGAUCGGAACUUGAGGCCUGUAAUGAGUAGAAUUGUUGAACUUCUUGCAUGCUGUGAAGAACCAGAGGAUUUGAAUAUUAGUUUCUAG